CGAGCUCUUCGCCGUCGACGACGAUGAGCCGAUCACGCGUUUUCUUGUUGAUUUUCAGUAAGGCGUAUCGACCAUCAUGUCUCAAAUGUUUAUGGUCAAACUCUAUCUCUUCUUCGUUUUCGUCAAGCUUGGGUUUUCGAGCGACGAACAAGGAGUUAAACCAGAUGAUAAGAUCGGGUUAUAUCGCCGAAGCUAGAGAGAUUUUCGGAAAACUGGGGGCAAAGAACACCGUGACAUGGAACACGAUGAUAAGCGGGUACGUGAAGAGGAGGGAAAUGACUCAGGCGCGGAAGCUGUUCGACGAAAUGCCCGAGAGAGACGUUGUGACGUUUAACACGAUGAUUUCGGGUUACGUUUCAUGUGGCGGGGUUAAGUUUCUUGAGGAAGCAAGGAAGUUGUUCGAUGAAAUGCCUUCACGAGACUCUUUUACUUGGAACACUAUGAUAAGUGGUUAUGCGAGGAAUCGGAGGAUAGAUGAAGCUCUGUUGCUAUUUGAGAAGAUGCCUGAGAGAAAUUCUGUGUCGUGUAGCGCCAUGAUCACUGGUUUUUGCCAGAACGGUGAAGCGAAUCGCGCGAUUGAGCUGUUUCGGAGAAUGCCCGAGAAGGAUUCGUCUUCUCUAUGUGCGCUUGUCUCGGGUCUUAUUAAAAACGAGAAACUUGAAGAAGCUGCGUGGGUUUUGGGUCAAUACGGGAGUUUCGAUUCAGGGAAGGAAGAUUUGGUGUAUGCUUAUAACACUUUGAUUGUAGGAUAUGGACAGAGAGGACAAGUAGAAGCAGCUCGACGUCUAUUUGAUCAGAUUCCUGAUCUCUGUGAUGAUCAAGGUGGAGACUUUAGAGAGAGAUUCCGUAGAAAUUUCGUGUCUUGGAACUCCAUGAUCAAAGCCUACUUGAAAGUAGGUGAUGUGGUCUCUGCGCGGUCGCUAUUUGAUCAGAUGAAACACCGCGAUACGAUAUCUUGGAACACCAUGAUCGAUGGAUACGUGCACGUUUCUAACAUGGAAGAGGCUUUUGAUCUGUUUUCGAAAAUGCCAAACCGCGAUACACACUCGUGGAACACGAUGGUCUCUGGUUUUGCUAACGUUGGCAAUGUAGAGCUCGCUCGUGACUACUUUGAAAGAAUGCCUGAGAAAAAUAUAGUCUCGUGGAACUCGAUCAUAGCAGCUUACGAGAAGAACAAGGACUACAAAGAAGCUGUUGAUGUGUUUAUCCGGAUGAACAUCGAAGGAGAGAAGCCUGACCCUCAUACUCUAACUUCUCUUCUCAGCGUAUCAACUGGGCUUGUGAAUCUGAGGUUAGGAAUGCAGAUGCACCAAAUCGUCCUCAAGACUGUGAUCCCCGAUGUUCCAGUGCACAAUGCGCUUAUCACUAUGUAUUCUAGAUGUGGCGAUAUAAUGGAGUCGAGGAGGAUCUUCGAUGAAAUGAAACUCAAAAGAGAAGUAAUCACAUGGAAUGCAAUGAUAGGAGGGUAUGCUUUUCAUGGUAAUGCCUCAGAGGCUUUGAAUAUGUUCUGGUCAAUGAAAAGCAACGGGAUACGUCCUUCUCACAUCACAUUCGUCUCGGUUCUGAACGCUUGUGCUCACGCUGGACUUGUUGAUGAGGCUAAAGCACAGUUUAUGUCCAUGGUGAGUGAGUACAAGAUCGAGCCGCAGAUGGAACAUUAUUCUUCCCUGGUCGAUGUAGUGAGUCGACAAGGGCUGUUUGAGGAGGCCAUGGAUGUUAUAAGGAGUAUGCCGUUUGAGCCAGACAGGACGGUAUGGGGUGCAUUAUUGGAUGCUUGUAGGAUUUAUAGCAAUGUAAGGCUCGCACAUGUUGCAGCUGAAGCAUUGUCGAGACUCGAACCAGAGAGCUCGACACCUUAUGUACUGCUGUACAACAUGUUCGCAGACAUGGGAUUGUGGGAAGAAGCUUCUCAAGUGAGAAUGAAGAUGGAGAGUAAAAGAAUCAAGAAAGAAAGAGCAUCGAGCUGGGUUGGCUCCCCAACGUAGAAAGCAACUCUCUUGUGUUCACAAACCAUAAAGUUGACUGAACUCUAGAUGACUGGGAUCAGAACUGAGAGCUGGUACGGUGAAGAUCAAAUAGAAACCGAUAAAAGCAUUUGGCGAUAUCAAUGAUGUCCAAAUCUAGUAGAGCUGCGAGAAGAAGCAUGUGGAGGCUAAAAAGUUAUUUUCUACCUCUGGAGAACAGAGAAGGAAAAGGUGUGGUGAUGAUCAAGAACUAAAAUUCUAUGUCUUUGUGGAGAAAUUCCCUAAAAGCCUUCACUUCAAGAGAAUCUUGCUUCUGGACUCGUAGGUUUCUUCUAUAGAAAAGCUAAAAGAGAAGCCGCUUUGUCAAUCAGAAGGUGACUCUUCCCAUAUGCUCAACGACGCCGUUUAGGACCAUGAUUCUUCUUCAUUUCUCUCAGUUUUGUGCAAAAAACCAUAAAAUAUAAGCCCAGAUAAACUCAAAAUUUUGGCAGCCAUUCAAACUAUUGGUGGCUUGAAAUUCGCCUCUUACAUAUACA